AUGUAUGGUGACUCGGCAACAAAGUUGAUUUUAGCAGCAAAGAGAGCAAAUACGUUGGACAGGAUACCGCUCUUUGAGACCGAUCUUGUACAGUCGAUAAUUAGUGAGAACAACGAACUUCAAAAGCAAGCCAAUACAACGGACAAUGAAAAUAUUCUUUCGGCAGAUAGAUCACAGAUUUUGGACAAUCUCCCAGAAUAUGUUAGGCAACUUUUUAUCGGACGAAACAAACGAUGUUUGCUGGCUUAUGAACUCUCUCGUUUGCGCCGGUUAGACCAGUUGGUUUGGGACAACGUUGAACUAACAUCAGAACAGUUGGCAGACUUAUCUCAUCAUGAAAAAAUAUAUUUGGAAAAAUACAUUUCAUUGGUAAGUGGUGUAAAGGGAGUCAUGUCGGAAAUAGAUUUGGGAGGUGAUUUGGAGCCUCCUAGUGAUGUUUUCAUCGAUGUCAGGGUGUUGCGAGAUGCAGGAGAGAUCAUGACCGAAUACGGUGUCUUCAACCUUACAAAAGAUUCGCAGUUUUUUGUCAGGCGGGUUGAUGUCGAAAGGUUGAUUCAACAGGGUUACUUAAAGCAACUCUAA